AAAAAUCAAAACACCACCGCACAAAACAAAAACACAGCUGGUCGAUUUAUUGAGGAGCCGGGUCGUCCUAAGAAUGCCUGGUGGCCUCUAAUUGCGGCUUGGUGGGAAUGGAAAGCUCGAAGCUUGGCGGCUCGAAAGUGAUUUGCGAAGUCGAAUGCUGUAAGGAUUGGAUUAGAUGGGUGUCCAUAUGGUAGCACGAAAUUGAUAUUGUGGCUGAAACAUUUUCCUGGGUAAUUAGUUUAUUCAACUAUAUAAUUGUCUGUGGUUCUGUAUCAUUCUAUAUAGAGAGAGAGAAAAAACAGGAGCGAGAUAUUUGGCGGGGUGUGUGAGGUGUCACGCGUCUGCUAUUUUGAUAAUUAGUCGGCGUUUCUGUUCAGAUAUUGGGUAAUUUCUUUUCGUCGUAGAGAUUUGAAAGGUUCUUCAAUCUUUUGAUCAAUGGAAAUGAAGACAGAGAAGUGAAAUCUCUUCUGGGUUGGCUGUAGAUCCCUGUGGUUGCUGGCAGUUUUUUCCAACUUGCAUGGCUAUUGGCAUUGUUGGAGGGCUUUGAAGAUUAAGCUUGAGAACUAUGGAAGGUCUUUGUGAAACAAGGCUGAGCAAUGGAGCGGCCAAUCACAACCUUCAGAUUAUUAGGUACCAACCCUACAUGAAACUAUCAUCACCUUGGUUUGAUUUGAGAGUCUUCUACGUGAGGAUCAGCAAUUUGCUUGUGGAUGAAUCAACCCCUGAGUUCUUCACUCUAAACCAUAUCCCUCUAAGCCCUGACACCCUUUUGGAAGUCAAUGGUGCUAGAAGUGGCAGUUACUCUGAUGGGGUCACUUCCCUUCUUAGAAGGGAUCGUGCAGAUAAGAAAUCUGAAGAAGCCACGUUUGUCGGCACAGACAGUAUAAGGUUGACAGGGAGUGUAAAGUUUGAGGUUUUGGACAAAGAAGAUCUCAUUCUCUCUGGGGUUUUGGAGAUGCCUAAAAGCAAUGGUUUCAUUGGGGAAUCAAAAAACAAUAACACCAAACGGUGGAACAUGAAUUGUGAAUCAGCGAUCACCGCUGGCACUGGAUUCUUAAAGGGAAAACAUCUUGGUGGCCCCGAAUUUCCGACACCAACAAUUGAGGUUUAUGUCGCAGGUUCCUUCUCUGGAACACCGAUCAUCUUAACCAAGACUUUACAGCUUGGUUUUCGGAAGAAGCACAACCGGAAGGGCAUGUUGGAUGCAAUUCCGGAGUAUGAGACAACUGAAUCCCAGAAAGAUGUGUGUCCUGAAGACCUACAGUCUUUUGAAUUGCAGGUGCCAGAAUACAGAACCUACAAACCAGAAAAUGAAGACGAGUACAAUGACAUGUACAUGAGGAGGAUGGAAUACAUAGAUGGUGAAGAUGGUGAAUUGUCCUGGUUCAAUGCUGGUGUGAGGGUUGGUGUUGGGAUCGGGCUAGGCAUUUGCCUUGGAGUCGGUAUAGGAGUCGGGUUGCUAGUCCGCACUUACCAAUCGACUACGCGUAGCUUCAAAAGGCGGCUCAUCUGAUUGCCUUCAUUAGAACUUCGAAGCAAUAGGUUCCCUCAAAUCCAAAGGCUAACUUAAUCAUUUUUCUCCAACGUUCAUGCUUGUUUGCCAUGCAUCUUUCAUUGCAGGUUUUGAGUUCUCUAUGUAGCUAAGGCAUCUUUGUUCACUAUGCGUGAUUUUGCCCCCAUAAAAUUCUAUGAAAUGUUUGUUUAUAAGCGUAUGAAUAGAUAACUAGUUCCUGAAAAGGGGAAGGGAUGAAAGUUGUUAUAUAGUUCAUGAAGCUGUACAUGUAACGUGUUGAAGCUUGUGGGACUAGUGUUUUUCUGUAAAUAAAUUUGUCUUUGGGAAGUGAAGCAUCCUCUUUCAAAAAUGUUAAUGAUACUGGCAUGGACAUGGA